CGUAGCACAAGGACUUUGUAUGAGACGGAUGUUAAGCCAGGGACCGAGGACUGUCUGCGUACCAGGUUUAUUUGAUUGUAAAACGCAUAAGCUACACGAGCAGUUAUCGGUUAUAUCGCCUCUGCGUGAAUUUAGGAGACGAAGGUCAUUUAAUUUGCAUAUAAAUGCGCCAUAUGUUAAUGAGGAAGGUGGGAGUGAGCACACCGGCUUCCUGUUUACAGUGUGGAGUGCAGUGGCGUUCUCGCUGUUCGGCAGUAAAGAUGAAAGAACGGAGGCGCAGAAGAUGGAGGAUGAGAUUAUUCUCCUGUUAAAGAAAGCGAAGUACAGCAUGAUGCUCGGGGAGCUGGAUGCAGCGAACGGCUUCUUGCAUAAAGCGAUUCGACUCGCUCAUCAGAGUCACAACGACGACGCCAUCAUCUACACCUACAGCCUGAUGGCCAACUUGGCUUUUGUUCAAGGUGAGCUGGACAAUGCUGAGAAACUGUUCAAAGCCGCAAUGAGUUUCAUGCUGUCUGGAGGAACAGCCCAGGAUGACAACGCAGUCAUUGAAAUGUCCCUGAAGUUGGCCAGCAUCUAUGCCACUCAAAACAAGAAUGAGCUGGCAGAGCACGGCUUCCACUUCUGCACUGAGUCACUGGAGGCCAAGAUCGAGAAGCAGAAGGAUCUUCCACCAGAUGCUAUAUCGGAAGAGGAAAGGAAGGACACGCGGCUGCUGCUCGGCCUCAGUCUGGAUGCCCGGGCUCGGUACCUGGCGUCCUCUCGACGCCUGACGGGAGCGUGCAGGGAUUACCGCCACGCUCUGCAGAUCUGCCAGGAGGAGCAAGGAGAAGCCCAUCCUCAGACGCUGGUCUUGAUGAGUGACUUGGCCACAGUGUUGGACCUCCAGGGGAAGCACGAUGAGGCACUUGCUCACGUAAAGAAGGCUGUAGAACUGGGACAGACGGCCGGUCACCCCGACCAACACGUGCUGCUGGGAAACAUGGCAGGCAUUUUAAUGCACAAAGGUGAGUUUGAGGAGUCUGUUAAGCUAUACAAGGAGGCCCUGGCCCUGGCGCAGGCGGCCGGAGACGCCGAGGCCGUUGAGCAGUUUACGGAGGGACUGAAGGAGCUGAGCAGGAGGAGAGAUGAAAAACCGAGUACGAACGAGAAGCCAUCAGCCGAGCAGUGACUCCACACCGAACACUCCUCCUCUGGAAGUAUGACCUCCUUAAAUGGACGAAGCACUUACCGUGUGCGUGAUCCUUCGUCAUCCUCCACUGGAUUCUUAUUCGUGAUUUUUUAGUCUCAGCCCUGCGGUGUUAAUUUAAGAACGAAAAGACGUGCGUCCGUGUUUGUUUACAGUUCCUCUGGAAAAUCCGAAACGGGAAAGACGGUGACUCAGGAAGUGCUGAUGGAGAGAAUGUGAUAACGGGUCACAUCUGGAAAACGCAUCACACUACUAACGCCUCUCUCGAUUUGAUUUUCCCCGAGUUCGACGUGAUGAAGCGGCGUACGAUACGACGUGUAUGUUUUUGUGUUUCCGUUAAAAUAUCGAAUCCUGUGCAGUAUUUUAGCGAGUAUGCUGUACAGACUGAAGAACUGCCUUGUAAUUGGAAAUCGACCGACGUUACGGACGUUAAAAUCUGUUCCGACUUUGUGGCUGUUAUGCAACAGUUAACUAUUGGUUUCUCCUUUUACUCUUUAACCGCAGUUUAGUUGCGCUCGUCACACGUCUUAUAAAACAUUUAAGCUCAAACCCACGUCCGGCUGAUGGGCUUCCUGUGACCUGAUUAACUGUCACAGAGUUGGAGUAACGGAGUUCAUUUAAAAAGAAUUCAACUCGCGGAGACGUUCUCGACGGCCGCAGAAUUCCUUCCGGAUAUCCAGUCGUUAUUAUUGACGCGUGAAGGAAAUCUAAAUAAACCGUUUAGAGGAAAUCUCCACCCUGAAACACGCGUGAAAUAUUUUUCUAUUGAAAUGUUUGAUGCGUGUAGUGAUUCUGCCUAUUUUUUUUUUUUUUUUUGUGGCCGUUGCUGUAUAUUUGUUAUUCCUGUGAGCCGGUCUGACAUCACAGGUGGUUAGAAUGGCGUUUAAAGGGAGAAACCAUUUCAGAUUUUGCUGUUUAGCUCCUAAAAAUGAACGUGCAAGAGAUUCUUGAGGAUGUUCGAGUCAUAUUAAUCAGAAUUCCAAUGCAGGAUUAGUUGAGAUUUCAGACACAAGCGGCUAUACAACACGGUCGUACCAAGUUACAGCAGAGAUUCGGCUACUUGGCGAUGUACGAGAUAAUGCUAAUGAGUCUUUAUUUAUCACGUAUACAGUAGAGCACGGUGAAAUUCUUUUCAUGUUAGGAAGUUGAGGUCAGAGCGCAGGGUCAGCCGUGAUACAGCGCCCCCUGGAGCAGAGAGGGGUAAGGGCCUUGCUCAAGGGCCCAACAGUGGCAGCUUGGCAGUGCUGGGGUUUGACCUUCUGAUCAGAGCUUUAAGCGCCGAGCCACCACUGCUCCCGACGAGCACGGAGGUAUUUCUAUGAAAUUUGCAGCUUUGGACGCUGAUCUGUCUGAGCUGAGUGUACGGAUGAAGAGGUGAGCCGGCUAGACAGACUAAAAGGACUAAAGCGCUGCUGCAUCAGUCUUUAGGAUGAGAGUCAAACAGCCGUUGCGAGUAAUGUAGACUUGAAUGAAAACAGACGAACGUGUCUACGAACGCCACGGGAGAUCAUUAGUUACUUAUAAAGAUUCAUAUGCGAGUCAGAGUGGAUUUUUCCUUCAUGUCGUGCUUCAGCACCGAAAGACUGGAGAGCACAAAUCGUGUAAAUACAAUUCAUUUCUCUUUAAGUAUCAAGGAAAAAGGUGUUUAAAUAAAUCAUCAUGGAACAUUGGGCUCUGCCUCCACAUGAAGAGUUAAAAAUCGAUAGUCUCGGGUUAACUGUUAGCUCCGUCCUACGUCAUUGCCGGCACCAUUUGGAGAGGUCGUGACCUUUCACUAAUUGCCGUGCAACACAUUUUCAAUACUCGGGCGUUUCUCAAAGAACAAGAAUCCGAAUAGAACAUGUUAAGUGUUAGGAAAGAGAAGUGCGGAGACCAUUUUCUAGUUCACUGGUUCUCACUGUGGGGUGAUGAGUCAUCCAGGGGUCGGUGAAGCAUAGCCAAGGAGUCGGAGGUUUUAAAAUACACGGUGUGUACGCUUGCGUGUAUGCAAAAUAACAAUUAUGACGUUAUUAUACUUUUUUUUUUUUUUUUAAUAGUUAUUAGCCUGUUCAAUUGGUCACUUAAAUUGAAUGGAUUUAAAUCAAACCUCCAAUCCAAAUAAAUAAUUUCUUAACAUUUAUGUUAACGAUAAAUAAUAAUAAGUUGAACAGAACAUGUUCUGCUGGCGGAAAUAGCCAAAAUCUGAUUCUCGACACGUGUAAAUGAGCCGAAUAAACGUAUAGUUGUGUUCUAGAUUUGAAAUAAAUCUCGAGUGGGUCUGUGUCCGGAUAAAGAGGUCCCUGCAUGCAAAACAUUUUGAGAACUCCUGCGAGAAGGCCAAUAUAUUCGUAACGUCGAGCCGGAAUGAAUGCGGUCUUUCUAACGAUGUGUUUUUUUUUUUCAGAUCCCUGUGAACCACUUCUUUUUUUUGGUCCCAUGUACAGGAUCUCGUAUUUGAAGCCUAUAGACAGUGUACAAUAGGUCAAUUUAAUUCUGUGAUGUGGGCACUUGAUCCUUCCUCAUUCGCCUGAGAGACGUGCUGUGACGCGUUUGCAUCCAGAUACACGCUAUAAGCCUCUCUUUAUGAGAUCCUUAAUCAGGGCUUGAGCCCUGUUGAUCUGCAGCACAGGUUCCCAUCACCCUCUUUACCUCACAAGGACACAAGACCACACUGCGCACAUCAAGCGCCAAACGAAGUCCUGCGUCUCACCUUUCUCAGCGUAUCGUGUUAACGUCUGCAGAACAAUAAUAACGGGCUCUUUUGUUUACCCGAGUGACUUUUGAAUUGAAUUGUUUCAAUUCCCUCUAUUCGAGUCCGUUGACUUUAGGCUGUUGUUUGGCUCGAACGCCGAAAUAACUUCCAUGACUAUGUUCCUUUCUCGAGCAGACAUUCAAGAUGGGUGUAAUUACUAGCUAAACUGCUGCGUGGAAGCAAGGAAAUGAAGAUUCAUAGGAGCCAUGCCGAAACCUUCGUUAAUUCUCUCCUCUGCUGUGGUUUUGUAAUAGUUCGGCGAUCUCACGCUCUUCGUUCCACAAAGCCCUGACUUUGUAGAUCUCCAAGAAUGCACACACUCCCAGCCCUUUUCUACUCUCGUGCAAGUCCUUACAGAAACGUCAGCGGGAAUCGCUUUGUACCUCGUUAGACCUUUUUGUUUAAUUUUCAACAUGUGAAGACGGAGGACUGGAGUUUGCACCCUGACUGCUUGUAACAUUUUAGCCGUGUUCUGGUGAAAUUCCUAGAUCCUAGAUGAAAUCAUUUUCAAGGAGUCUUGAAGGAUGGUAAUAGCGCGUCUGACGAGGUCCACGUACUAGCCAUAUUGAUUUUUAGGGACGCUGUGUACAGAAGUGCAUCAAUUAGAAAUGAUACGUAGUGCCAGUUUUUCUUGAGCUUAGUUGUACCAGGCGUACGCUAAUAUUUAAAUUCCUUUUCCCGGGCACGUCCGCAUGCACGCGACUAAUGGCCCCGACGCUCUCUAACAUUUAAGCCCAAGCUGAUUUCCAUUUAUUGAACUCUUGCACCAUGACGAUAAAGAUAAUAGCUGUAUGUGCUGUCCAUAAGUAUUCACCCCGAAACUAAAACGGAACUCCAACGGGCUUAAUUAAACAACAUAGAACCUUUUGUUUCAGACCACUCCAUUUUUAGGCGAGCAGAAGUAUAGGAACAGAGAAGUCUUUACGUAAAUUAAAGUAACGAACGCUUAAUAUUUGCAUUAAGCCUGCGACUCACUGACCUCAACUAAUUGUUGAUUUCUUCUUUUUGUGAUGCUUUAACUUUCGGCCUCUUUCGGUUGUUGUUUGUUUCGGGGGGGGGGGGGGGGGGUUUCUCCCGUCAGUCUACUUAUAAAUACCAGGAAAUAAAAGCUGAAAAUUCUAAACUAUCGUCUCGUGUUCAUCUUUUGAUCUCAAAGCCGAAUGUCUUCUGUCUACAGCGAAAACAAUUGAAUUGGCCUCGCCGUUCCAAUAGUUUCAGAAGGGACUGUAUUUUGUAAUCGUAUGUGGUAACGUAUCAGUGGCUUAUCUCUUGCGCAACACUAUAUGUUAACAGAAAUAUCAGUGUCUGGAAAAUUUGGUUCGCGCUGGUAUCUUAAAGACAUGUUGAAAUGGUGGCGCAGUGGCCAAGGAACGACGCGUUAUCUGAUUCGGACUGUUCAAGGCGUGUGUCCGUGUGUUAACGCCAGGUCAGGGCUUAUUUAGUUUUUGAACUCAAUAUUUGGCAACGAAUUUUGUAGCUCCAAGGCAGGAGCCGUCAAGCGUUUUGCAGCCGGGCGUCCCUUCCAGAUCACAGCACGGAUUUAUAUUUAAGGACAAGGUUCACUUCGAUAAGAACAAGAUACGAGAGGUCAGAGGAAAAUGGCCAGAUUGGUACGAGCUGCCAGGAACGAUAUGGCAACUCAAAUAAUCACUCUUUACAACCGUGGUGAGCAGAAAAGCAUCUCCGCGUGCACAAAACAUCGAACCUUGAGGUGCAUGGGCUACAACAGCAUAAGACCACAUUGGGUUUCACUCCUGUCAGCCAAGAACAGGAAUCUGACGCUAUCAUGGGCACAGACUCACCCAAACUGAACAGUUAAAGAUUAGAAAAAAAAAAUCACCUGGUCUUUUUCUAUCAUGGACCCCACUUUGAGAACCAUGGCUCUAAGGUUCUCUGACAGCAAGAUUGAGAGGUUAAUACCAAGCACUGCCAGAGAGCCGCUGGGUGUUAAAGCAAAGCCCUCGGCUAGGAUUGUAUUCCGCCUCACUUGUAAGUCUAAGGAGCCUGCAACGGUAACAAAAAUGUUGUGGUCUUGAAUUCUGAGCGGUUUGUAAAGGGGGGGAAAAAAAAAGUGCUCCUGGAAAACUUUUUUUUUUUUUUUUUUUUUUUCCCUUCCCCUGUUUGCCUUUAAACCAAAAAGCUAUUCAGGAAAUCCUUUGGAGUAAACUUGUAAGUGCAUUGAAUAUAAAUCCCUAAGUUCACUCAGCUGUAGUUUAAAGGUAGGCUUCGAAAGAUCUGUAAUAAUAAGUUGACAGGACUUCAUAUCAGAAUUAAUAUUAAAAACAUGGGGGGUCCUGUUGAGUCGCUGCGCCCAAAUGAAUUCGCUCUUAAUAUCUGCUCAUAACAUUUCGGCUGUACCUUGACCAAAAAAAUAAAUAAAUAAAUAAAAAACCCCAACCCAUUCCCACAUAUGAUUAAGUAUGUGGCUGAAAAGAAGCUUAAACACUGCGGUGUGCUGAACUGCCAUACACCCUGCCAUAACAAAAAAAUAAAUAAAGUAGCUUUCCAUCGUUUUGUCUCUUUAGAAAUGUAAUCCAAUGAACAUUUCCCCCACAUGUGACUCUGUAUUUUCCCACCCUCCAGUACUACUGAGCCGUUGUUUACUUUGACGCAGUGACCGUUCAGCGAAAAUGCUUAUUCAACACGAGUUAAUUAUUGGCUUUAUUUAGGUAUUAUUUUUGAUAAUUAUUACCAACAGUAAUUAAUUAGAGUAAAACGCACGGGUGUUCCCACAGUUCAUCUGUUCGUAUUCUCAGCAUAGGUGAGGCAUGAUUUUGAGGCUCAUGGGAAAGAUGACACACUCAUGUGACAACGACAAAAAAAACAAACAAACAAACAAAAAAAACCAAACGACGGAUGCGUGUCUUUAUCGCACCGAAUACUCGAGGUCAUUUGCUGUAUUGCUCGCAGUGCAUUAAAGCAAAUCAAUUACAACCGGAAUUUUGGAUAGCUAUUGAUGUAUAGAUUUUUCAUACAUAAACAUCCCCAGCGUUCAUGUCGAAUUUCUGCGAAUGUGUGUGUGUAUCAGUAUAAAUGAUCCUGUAGCGUAAUUUUAAGGAAUGCUUUUUAAUGGAUAUUUUUAUGUCUUUUUUUUUUUUUCUUUUCUGAACUGAAGCAUGCAAAGGAUCACAAUAGCAGGAAAAGACUUUGGGGUUAAAAUAACAGACAGUUUAUGCUACAUAAGCAGGACCUCCUUUUUGCUUUUUUUUUUUUUUGUGCUGAAUUAUUGUAAGGAUCAACAAGGACAAAAACAAGUAGUUUUUCAAGGAUAUCAUGUGACCGACACACACACACACACACACACACACACACAAACACGUCAGGGUAUUACUUAGUGUGUAACCAUGCAUACACAUAUCCACAAUGACAUAACAGAUUGUGAAAUUAAAGACUAAUCUGUGUACUGCCAUACUUCUGAAAUGCGACUUUGCUGCUGUUGUUGCUCUCUCAGCCUUUCUCCUCCUUCCCUGGGAAUUUAAAUGUUGACCAAUUAACAGACGUACACAAGCAAAACAUGCGCACGUGCGCACACACACACACACACACACACAACAGCCAUGCUUCUCCUUAUAAAGUCUCCUCUGAUCAAGGCUCCACUAGCUCUUCUAAGAGCACACACCAGCAGGGUAUGACACAAGGUCUGAUAGGGGUGUGUGAAGGUCAGCUGCUAAAUCCUGGUCCUACUCUCUCUCUCCAAGGACCCGACUUUUUUUUUUUUCCUCUAGGAGCUACAACGUAGCACAUUUCCUUAUACAUUUAAAAGCUGGAUUCACGUAGGAGCUCCAAAGCAAGCCGGGAUUGCAGUA